AUUGAGGAUGCAACAGGCAAGAGUUUUGAGACACCUUAUCCAGACACUCCUGUCAUGAGUGAAUCAAUCAGUGAAUCGGCUCUAAAUUACAAAAUAUCUAUAGAAGAUGAUGGUCCAGGUUUCACAAUACAGAGGAAAUCCAAUGGACAAAUUUUGUAAGUUUAUGUUUGACACGAGAUCAGGAGGAUUCAUAUUUUCCAAACAAUUCAUUCAAAUUUCAUCGAAACUACUAUCAAAUAACAUUUAUGGACUUGGCGAACAUAGGAAUAACUUCAUGUUGGAUACAAAUUGGAACCGCAUUACUCUCUUUGCUCACGAUUCUCCUCCUCUUGAUGGGAUAAACGGAUAUGGAUCUCAUCCUUUUCUCUUGAAUGUUGCUAAUGGAGGGCAAAGUCACGGAGUGUUUUUGAAAAAUUCUCAUCCAAUGGAAAUAAUUCUACAGCCUGCACCUGCUAUCACUUACAGAGUUUUAGGAGGAGUCUUAGACUUUUAUUUUUUUGUCGGCCCAUCACCUGCUGAUGUGACCAAACAGUACUUUGACCUAAUUGGAUAUCCGUUUAUGCCUCCAUAUUGGAGUUUGGGUUUUCAUAUGUGCAAGUACGGCCAAUCCUCAUUACAAGUUACAAUGGACACUCUAAACCGAACCAUGGCCGCUGGAAUUCCUGUGGAUGUGCAAUGGAAUGAUCUAGACUACAUGGAUCGAAAUAAUGAUUUUACAAGAAAUAAAAAAGAGUUUGCAAAAUUACCAGAAUUCAUAGAAAAUUUGCAUUCCAUGGGAAUGCAUUACGUGCCAAUUCUGGAUCCUGGAGUGAGUGCUGCUGAGCCAAGAGGCACAUAUCCGCCUUUUGAUGAAGGCCUUGCCGAUCAGGUGUUUAUAAAAAAUGAGAGUGGACUCCCUCUUGUAGGCAGAGUAUGGAGCCAAGGCGCAACUGUGUGGCCUGACUUUACCAACCAAAAUACUAUUACUUAUUGGCUAAAUCAGCUGAAGCGCCUGCAUGAGGAUAUACCAUUCGAUGGUCUUUGGAUUGAUAUGAAUGAACCCUCGAAUUUUGUGGAUGGCUCGCUGCGCGGUUGUGAAAACAACCCUUGGGACAACCCACCGUAUACCCCUAUUGUCGAAGGAGGCCAUUUGAACUUCAAAACGAUAUGCAUGAAUGCUGAACAAUAUCUGGGCAAACACUACCAACUUCAUAACGUACAUGGCUUUUCAGAGGCUAUAGCGUCCAACUUUGCCUUAACAGAAAUUCGAAACAAGAGACCCUUCAUAAUUUCAAGAUCAACUUUUGCUGGCCAAGGUAAAUUCUCAGGCCACUGGACUGGUGAUGUCUUCUCCACUUGGAAUGAUAUGAAGCAUUCAGUUGCAGAUAUAAUGAGUUUCAACUUAUUUGGCAUCCCAAUGGUUGGAGCAGAUAUUUGCGGCUUCAAUGGUAACACGACAGCCGAUCUUUGUCAGCGAUGGUUACAACUAGGUGCUUUCUAUCCUUUUUCAAGAACUCAUAAUAGUGAUGACUGUAUCGAUCAAGAUCCCGUUUCAAUGGGACCUGAAGUUGUUGCUUCAACUAAAAAAGCGCUGGAGGUGCGUUACAUGCUUCUCCCUUACCUUUACUCAUUAUUCUGGCGAGCGCAUGCAUAUGGAGAAACUGUGGCCCGAUCAUUAUUCUUUGAGUAUCCGGAGGAUACAAGAACUUACAACAUUUCGACUCAAUUCAUGUGGGGGUCUGCUUUACUUAUUGUUCCUGUACUGAAAGAGGGUGAUACGUUCGUACAAGCAUACUUGCCAGGUGAAUUUUGGUACGAUUUGAAAACUUUUAAACGAGUUGUUGGAGGUGAUGUGGCACUCUCAGCACCCAUGGAUAUAAUUCCAGUUCUAGUGAAACCAAAAUCAAUCAUACCAUUUCAGUAUCCAGGGAAUACAACAACUGAAAGAUUAUACCUAUCACCUUAUAAAUUAUCCCUUUCCAGCCGAUUGUCUCCAUUCGGUUUGCUUGUUGCCCUUGAUUCCAAUAGUACAGCAGAAGGUUUUCUUUAUUGGGACGAUGGUGACUCAUUAAACUCUUAUGAAUGGAGCCACUAUAACCAGAUAUCCUUUGCUGUUGCCAAUAACCGCUUAUCCAGUAAAGCAAAGCACUGGGGUUAUGACGUUCCAAUGCCUGUAAAUUUAGUGCUAGUCCUUGGUGUUACCUCUCAUGUGAAAAAUGUUACCAACAAUGGAGAGAAGUGCAAUUUUGAAUACAAAGCUGAAUUUCAGGGUUUAUUCGUGUUUGUUGAUAAGACUGAUUUUAAAGACAAUGUGAUUAUCUCUUGGAGUUUUUAGACAUUUGUAGUGAAUGUGAUCUUAGUUUAAGUGCUCAUUUUUCCUCUUGAUACUUGAAUCUUCUCGGGCAUUUUAUACAUAAAAGUGUAAGACAUUUUUACCUACAAAUCUAUAUUCUUCACUCAGAAUAAAACUUUUAGUACUUUUA